CUGAACACUAGUUCCAGCUAGCUCCGACUGAUCAUUUGCGACCCCUUGACCCGUGUCAAGACAGAUGGGGAGGCAGCUUCGGCAUGACCACAAAUGGCGGUGCAUUCUUCUGGCGUCAGCUUUGACCUUCUCUUGCCCCUGCUUUUCGCGAAUUCCACGAGCUGCGGACUUCGAGUCUGGCCUGUCCUUGGAGGACAUGCUGCAGCUCGCCGAGAAGCGCAAGUCUGCACCUGCUCCCGUUGCCCCCGUUGCCCCCGUUGCUCCCGCUGCCCCCGCUGCCCCCGUUGCCCUCGUUGCAGAGGUUGAGGAGACCGCUCCGCAGGUGUUGAUCCCGGAAGUCCUGGACCGAACCCCCAGCUUUUUCCGACUCGAGGUGGCCGCUGAGCUGCCAUGCGUCUUCACCCCCAGCGAGGAGGGCGAGCGACGUCUGGGUGACGAGGUGAAGCUGCGCUUCUGGCAGGACCGCUAUAUACAGCUCUGGGACCACGCCUGCAGGCGUACGGACGGAGCCGUGGCGGUUCGCUUCAGCAAGGGCUCCCUUCGCAGAAGCCCCCAUGCCUUUGCACUCUGGCCUGCAAAGCGUGGCGACAGUGACAUGCUCGGAUUGAACUUGGGCAUGUUCAACGUAAGUGUCGCGACGGUAAAUCCUUUCCCUAUGCUCCGCCUGCUAUACUGGCCUGACAUUGAUGAGGCCGCUGCUAAAGACCCUGCCGAGCUGAACUCGUUUCUUCGAAGCUUGGGAGACCUUGAGGCGCAGAAGGAUGCCAUUCGCGGCAUGUCACCCGCGGAUCGCUUGGCCCUGAUUCGAUGGCUGGCGAAGGGUGGGGAUUGAGGAA